AUGGCAUCCCGUCCCGAAGUCCGUGCUAGGACUUCGGCCUCCGAUGUCCCCUUGAAAGAUCUAGAGUCGGCAACAAUUUCCAACCAUACAGGAGUUACAUCGCGCUGGAAUGGUUUCUCUCAAUUCCACCCGUCAAACAUUCUUGCGCACCCCGAGAAGCUAGCACCGAGCAUGUUGCAGGACGACUGGGUAGCUUCUUUGGAGAAUGCAUGGCACAAGUUGACUGUCGUGCUGACUCCGAGUUUCCUGCAAAACUAUGUUGGUGGUGAGGCGCCGCCACCUGCGAAGCUCCAUGCCAUUGCUGCGCUGGACGGUCUGCGCGGCUGGGCCUGUUUGUUGGUCUUCAACUUUCAUUUCCUCUUUACAUACACAUGGAAGGUUGCGAUAGGUUGGGGAUUUGGUGGGGAGAACUUUGGGAUUCACCAGCUUCCCAUCAUCCAUAUGCUGAUCUCUGGUCACAUCAUGGUGGCCAUUUUCUUCGUUCUUUCCGGCUACGUUCUCUCGUACAAACCUUUGAAAACGAUUCGAAACAGGUCUUUUGACCAAACUUUCACAACACUUGCAUCGGGCACUUUCCGCCGAGCAUUCCGCCUCUACAUUCCAGCUAUCGCGGGGAUAUUAUGUGUCUUUGUGGCUGUCCGUCUUGGUCUAUACAGUUACUCCCACGGUGUAAUCAGGGAAGGCCACACAAUUCUCGGCACCAAUGAACAGCACCCAAUUGUGUACAAAUCAUUCGCAAAGCAAAGCGACGACCUGUGGCUUACAUUGGCAACAUUGAUGAACCCAUUCGACUACAACCUUUACUACAACUACUACAAUCCCCACCUCUGGACAAUUCCGCUUGAGUUGCGCUCCUCGCUCAUCCUUUUCAUUGUCAUUCUGGGAACAUCACGCUUGGUAGCACCCGUCCGCAUGACGGUUGUCUCCGCUCUGACCUGGUUCUGUGUGCGCUAUGGCCGCUGGGAGAUCGUCCUCUUCCUUUCUGGCAUGUUAAUGGCCGAGGUGGAUCUCAUCAACGGAACCUGGGAACAACCCAAGCGAACCACAGCAGAAGACGAGAAAACGACCAUCCGCCUCAACACCAGUGGCAAGGUGACCAUCCAUGUCUCCCGGCGCUGGCUAUGGAUCUCACUCUUCGUAGUCGGUCUAUACUUCGGCUCCACUCCUAACAUCGGGUUCAAAUGGACUCCCUUUUACAGAUGGUUGUGGCAUGUCACCCCAAAGACAUACCCCGAACCACACCGUUUCGGCCAAACAAUCGGUGCAGCUCUCAUCGUCUUCUCGAUCAAUCAUUCUCCCGACAUCCAGAAAUUAUUCACAAACCCUUUCUCCCAAUACCUGGGCAAGAUCUCCUUUGCGUUCUAUGUCGUUCAUGGUCCCAUCCUCCAUUGUCUGGGCUACGCUAUCAUGCCUAAUAUCUGGAACUACACCGGCAAGGAAACGAACUUCCAAUACUGUCUUGGAUUCCUCAUCGGCUGGCUCAUUUGCCUGCCUAUCGCCAUCUGGAUGGGCGAUAUCUUCUGGCGUCUUGUUGAUAUCCCCAGUGUCAAGUUUGCUCGUUCGCUAGAAGACCGUGUCAUUUCAAAGGGACCUUCCCAUGGUCCUGGGAGCUUGUCGUUGCCCCGGAGGGAAUAG